UUCUCUAAUUUAUUGCUUUCUCUGUCUCUGCAAAAUCUCUCUCGUGCGCCGUCCUAUUCCUUCACUCUCUCCUCUGCCACCCUAUUCCUUCACUCAUUCCCCUUCCCUGUACUUCCAACUGAAAGGCAAUGGAGCAUUACAAGGCCCAUCCUUACGACUCUUCAGAAGAGAAUUUUUACAACAGAUCAUCGCUUCAGCUGGGAGGCAGUUGGGCGCUGCAGAGAAUCGAACGAUUGGCCUCUGAGAGCGCAGUGACCAUCUUCACCGUAAGCUCGUGCUGUAUGUGCCAUGUUGCCAAGAGGCUACUGUUAGAGCUGGGCGUAAGUCCUACUGUUUACGAGCUGGACCACCAAAAUGGCGGCGAGGAGAUAGAUAAGGCUCUGCUCAGACUGAUGGGUACUGCCCAAUCUGUUCCUGCUGUCUUCAUAGGCGGAAAGCUCGUGGGGGGCUUAGAACAGCUAAUGACUUGUCACAUUAGCGGCUCUCUCGUGCCUCUCUUGAAAGAAGCCGGCGCAUUAUGGCUCUGAAAAAGGAUAACCUGGCUGUCAUAUGGUCUGUUGGUCUGUAGUCUUUUUGAUUUACCAAGAAAAAAAGUUUUGUAAUUUUUGGUGGAUUCGGGUUUGUGCUUAGGGCACUGGGUUCCGUGUGUAAUUGUUUUUGUUUUUGUUUUUUAUAUUUUUGGUUAUUUAGACAAGCACUCGAGAACUUGGUCCAUGCUUGCGCUGGAUUCGCAGCUUCUUUUGUCGGCGCAAUGGCGGCUUUUAGUUAUCAGAGCCAAGUUUGAACCAGCGCCUGAAAAGAAAGGAAAAACUUGAACUUCAAAGUUUUCUGAGUAUAUGAUAUCUGUAAAAGUAUUUCAAUAUUUAUCU